GCUAUCGCCGCUGUACCUGAUGAUAACGGCCAUCGGCGAGCUGCUGAUGAGCUACGUCGUCGACACGUCCAAGUUCUGGGUCCACGAGCGAAGCGACGAUCGCUGUCAGCGGUUCUGGUGGCGCAACGUACUCUACAUCCAAAAUCUGUUCGACGUCGAAGAUCUCUGCCUCAACUGGACCUGGUCAUUGGCCUGCGAGAUGCAGUAUUACAUCAUCUCGACGGCGCUGCUCUUCGUUUACGCUAAAAAUGCCAACACCGGUAAGACCCUUUAUCAGCUGUGCGCUGCAGCAACCUUCGUCUUCAAUAUGGCAAUCACCCUAAUGAACCACUUUGUGCCCUCGUACGAUGUCCUGUACAACACCGGAAAGGCCCUCUACAUUGCUCCCUGGGCCCGAAUGUCUCCCUAUGUGGUGGGAGUAUUCUUCGGAUGGCUGCUGGCGGCCGGCCGUGGAAAGCUCAUUUUUACUCAGAAACAACACCGCAAGUACUGGGCAUUCGUGUGUCUGGCCAUGAUCCUGAGCAUGCACUCGACGGUAAAGCGGAACUUCCCGUUUCCACUGGCCUCGACGGUGAUGGUGCUGGUGCGGAUCUUCGUGGCCUGGUCCAUCUGUUGGACAGUUGUGGCUACCGCUGUUGGGUAUUCUAAUGUGAUAACCAAAAUCCUCUCCUGCAAAUUCUUCAUCCACACCAACAAACUGACCUAUGGCAUCUAUUUGAUUAAUCCGUUGAUAAUCACGACAGUGUUCGGACUUUCGGAUGGAAGCAUCAUUGCGGAUCCAGUCCUUGCG